UCUCGUAUGUGAAUGUUUUUGUGGUGUUGACGUAAGCGGGGUGUCAGAGAAGCUAGCGGAGAAGACGAGGGUUGUGUUGUGUCGAGGUUAGUGGUGCGCAGGGGUGAAGAAAGGGGUGGAGCGCCACCCUUGCAGGCAGGCUGUUUUCUUCCACCACGUGAGGCUGUUGAUGUUCGAAUGCGAGCCGAAGAAGAACAACAACAAUAGGGCUCUCACUUUACCAUAACAAGAGGCGCAUUGCGUUGGUGGACAGACUUCAUGAUCCAGGCGUGUUGAAAGCCAGCAUUUUUUAAAAAUGCGUGUCUCGAUAAUUUGGCCGUUCGCGUUUUUCCUUCUCCUAUCUGCAGAGCUGUCUUGGGCAAAUGAGCCUCCGCAGCUGCUCAAAGACCUGGACAACCUGGCCCUGAGCGAGAGCACCGCACCUGGCAGUGUGGUUUUUGAGCUGCAGGCGAUCGACCCUGAGGGUGCGCCCGUCCGGUACGGCCUCGACCCCAACCCCUACUUGGCCGUGGAUCCGUCCAGUGGCAAAGUCACGCUCAUCAAGAGUCUGGACCGAGAACAGGUCGAGUCAUUCCUGGUUGGGGUCACCGUGAGCGACGAUGACCCGGCAAACGUGGUGACCUCGACGGCCUCGAUUAUCGUCGUGGAUGAAAACGACAGUCCGCCCAAAUUCGAAAAGCCGCACUAUGAGGCCGAAAUUGGCGAAAGCACAAAAAUUGGCCACACCGUGAUAAAAAGCAUAAAGGCUUUUGACGCUGAUCUCGUUGGCGAAACUCUUGAAAUCACCUGCCGCGAAUUGCCUCAACUGGUUGGUUCUUGUGACUGGUUUGAAGUGUCUGUCAAUUUUGCAAAUACGUCGGCAAUCGAGGCAGCGUUGAUUCUGCGAUCCCAACUUGAUUACGCCAAGAAGCAGCUCUUUCAGUUUGAACUUCAAGUUACAGAUGGCGUCCACGUCACCACGACCCCCGUCCAAAUAACCAUCCAAGACGAGCAAAAUUUGCCUCCCGUUUUUGAAGGCUCCAUGGCUGGAUUUGUCGACGAAGACGCCCCUAUUGGCACUUUAGUCCUCACUGUCUCUGCCCGAGAUGGUGAUCGCGGUCGACCAAGACAUGUUUCCUACGAGCUGGUUACAAAUCCGGAUGAUUAUUUCUUACUUGAUUCAAAUACUGGGGAACUUCGAAUUGCCAAACCUUUGGACAGAGAAGCUCUGGACAAUCUUGCUGGAGUGAUUAAUCUCACUGUCAAAGCCAAAGAGGACACAGAUCCCGAUGAAGAUGAUGCUCUUUCGUCAAGCACUGCCCAUUAUACAAUUACAGUCAGAGAUGUGAAUGAUGAGGCGCCUAAAUUUGACAAGAGAGAGUAUUCUGCUGUCAUUCCAGAGAACAUUUUGCCAGGAUCGCCUAUUCCAGGACUGGACAUAACAGUCACUGACCCUGAUGUGGGUAAUAAUUCUGCUUUUAAACUGACUCUUGUCGAUGGAUUCGGCUUCUUUGCCAUUGAUCAAAAGAAAGCGGUCGGUUCAAGCAGUGUUACGGUGCACACGACAAACCAGUCGUUGGAUUAUGAGAAUCCAAACCAACGGAAAUUCUUCCUCCAGAUUGUGGCGGAAGAGACGAAUACUUCGCAGAGACUCUCGUCAACGGCAUCUUUGGUGAUCAGCGUGCAGGACGUCAAUGACAAUGCUCCGGUUUUUGCUGAGGAAUCUUAUGUUGUUGUUGUUUCGGAGGAUGCAAAACCAGGCACUGUAAUUUCUUCAAUCACUGCGACUGACAUGGACUCUGGCAAAUUUGGAACCAGUGGACUCGUUUACUCUCUGAAGGGAGACGGAGCCGAAAGAUUUGUCGUUGGAAAGAAAACUGGAGUCAUAUCUGUUGCCGAAUGUCCAGAGGGAAAACUGGGAGUUUCGCCUUGUUUAGAUUUUGAGACUAAAGCCGACUACUAUCUUUCGUACAAAGCCACUGAUGACGACGGAGAAGGACAAAGCGUAACAGUCCCUUUGAAAAUCUCCUUAACAGACGCAAAUGACAAUCCACCUCACUUCAUCCACCCAGGCUACAGGGCGCAAGUAGACGAAGGCAGCACCAAAUUUGAUUCGUUCUUAAUUGUGCAGGCUGAGGAUCCUGACAUCACUUCCAAAAUAACUUAUUCCAUAAUUGACGGAGAUCCGCAAAAUAUGUUUAAUCUGGAUCCUAGCUCUGGUGAAUUUACCAUUCGUGCCAAAGACGGUGUUAGUGGAGCCGAGGAGAUCAUUUUGGGAAUAAGAGCAAGUGAUGGUCGCUUCUUUGAUGACACGACAAUCAAACUGACCAUCAGAGAUAUUAACAACAAUGCCCCUGUUUUUGACAUGGAGUCCUAUGUCACAUCUAUUCCUGAGGACAUUAACAUUGGCUCUAGCAUAGAAAGAAUACAUGCAAGUGAUGCAGAUACGGGCAAUAACUCUCGCAUCAACUACUUUAUCGAAUCGGGCGCCUUCGAGCAUUUCAAAGUGAAUCCGCAAAGUGGAGUAAUUGAUGUUGUUGCCAAGCUUGAUUUUGAUAGAAUAUCUCUUUACAAAAUAAAACUCCUUGCUGUUGAUGGAGGAACCCCAUCUCUCACUGGAACUGCAACUCUCACAGUCAAUAUCAUAGAUAGCAAUGACAAACAAGCAGUUUUCACCCCAGUUACUCAACGAGCUGAAGUCUCGGAAGAUGCGGCUGUUGGCACGAUGGUUCAUCAAUUGUUAGCUGAUGAUCCUGACGUUGAAGGACCCGAUGGUCUGGAAUAUGCCAUAGUCGAACCCUAUUCCUUUGUCGACACGUCCGGCAAGCAAGUGACCCCAUCAGACGAGUUGAAGGCGUUCUUUGAUGUCAACAAAAACACUGGCGCAGUGCAUGUAGCCUCAAAAUUGGACAGACAAAAGGUGGCAGUUGUAAGACUCACGGUCAGAGUGACUGACACAAGCGCCAAAAAGUUGCAGGAAGGACUGGGCACUCUGGUCAUAACAAUAGUUGGAGUCAACGAGAGAUCACCAGAAUUUCCUGCUCCUUGGACUCACGAGAAGCCACAGCUCAAGGUAUCAUUAAGCGAAGAAAUGCCAAUAGGCACUGUUGUUGGGAACUUCGAAGCAACAGACCCUGAUUCAGCCUCGAUUACAAAAUAUGAGAUCAACCCUGAGUCGAAAUAUUUUGAAAUAAAUAAUUUAACUGGAAUCGUAAAAACGAAGCAAAGAAUUGAUUUUGAGGAGACGUCGGAAUUAAGUUUCCGAAUCGUUGCGUGGGAUUCGGGUCAGCCGCCUUUGUCCUCGGCAGCGCAUGUCACUGUAAAUAUUAAUAAUGUAAAUGAUGAGGCGCCAAUGUUUUUGAAGGAUAAUUACCAAGGAAGUGUGAGAGAAAACUCUCCGUCUGGAACUUUUGUUGCUCAGGUAUCUGCCGUUGACAAAGAUAAAGGAGAGUUUGGAAAAGUCAGCUAUGCGCUGCAAGGAGAUAAAUCAAAUGAAUUUUCCAUUGAUAAUAAUGGAAUUUUGCGGGUUCUUAACCCAAAGGUUCUUGACCGAGAAUCAACAGCAGAAAUAAAUAUCCAAGUAGUUGCCACUGAUGGAGCUGAGCCACCAAAUCAGAAAUCCGCAUCAGUGCCUGUCAAAAUUAUAAUCGAAGAUGAAAAUGACCAAUUGCCGAAGUUUGAGCAACAGACGUGGAGAGCCGUCAUUAAUGAAGACAUUCCUGUUCGAUCAAAAAUCAUUCAGCUCCGAGCCUCUGACGACGACCCAACGUCUUAUCUUUCUUACAAGAUAAUUGAUGGAGAUCCUCAAAAAAUUUUUUACUUGGAGCAAGUGACUGGAAUUCUCUACACAAACCAAUCUUUAAAAGAACUGACCAGAGGUGAAACCAAAGAUGUCGUCUUAACAGCUAAGGUGGAUGAUGGUAUUCACAUCGACGAAGCCAAAGUGAGGCUAACAAUUCAGGCUGUCAACCAGCAUCAACCAAUAUUUGUUAUUCCUGCUCUGUCGAACGCUUCUGUAGAAGUGCCUGAGAAUGCCGGCUUGCCAAAUUAUUUAGUUAUGACCGUCAAAGCAAAGGAUGCAGAUAUGGGUGAAAAUGGACGGGUUACUUAUCACUUGAAAUCUGCUGGUGGCUUAUUGGUUCAGGAUACCGAUGAAUUUUCUAUUGAUGCUGACACUGGAGAGCUUCGAACCAGAGACAUUUUAGAUAGAGAGCAGCAGGCCAAAUAUGAGCUCGUACUUGUUGCAAAAGAUAAUGGGUAUCCCAACUCGUACGAAACAUUGAGCUUCCUUACCGUACUUCUGAUGGACUCAAAUGACAAUGAACCAGAGUUUCCUCCACCAGAAGGCAAUCAACCGUUCACUUAUCGUUUCAAGGUUUUGGAAAAUGGUCCAAAAGAUGAAGUCAUUGGCACCGUUCACGCUGAUGACGCAGACGAAGGCUUUAACGCCAAAGUUUAUUACACGCUGGUGUCCGGUGGCGAUGAUAGUUUCUCUGUGGGCAAAACAGACGGAAAAGUGAGAAGCAAAUUAUCACUGGACAGGGAAAUGAAGGAAAGCUAUUCACUAUUGAUCAAAGCGUCAAAUGAUCCUGAUUACGACCCAGAAAGGGUGGGAAAGGAAAUUUUGAUUGGGGGAGAGAAUGUUCUUCGCAACCAGAGAAGUGUUGUUCAAGUCAUCAUAACUGUGCUGGAUGAGAACGACAACGCUCCGUCUUUUGAGAAAACUGAGUUUUAUGCCGGGGUGAAUGCAAUGAGCCAAGAAAAUGACCAGGUGGCUCAAAUUUCUGCAAUCGACCCCGACAAAGGUGGCAAAGAAACCCUUGACUACCUUUUGAGAGCCUCCAACCUUUAUCCUCCUGGCUCUAAUGUGAGCUCAGGCUCUCUCGUCCCUUCGCCAUUCAAAGUGUCCCAGAAUGGUCGCAUUAGCACAACCACUCCGAUGCUCGAAUACAACCAAGGCAGAUUUAUUCUCAAGCUCGUAGCGAGAGAAACGGUAGCUCCGUACAGAGAGGCGGAAACAAUGGUCCAUGUGUGGGUGUAUGACCAGAGCCAACUUGUUCGAGUGAUCCUGUCGAGGCCACCUGAAAAGGUCCACUCUGAUAGGAAUGAAGUCACUUCUGGCCUUAGCACUGCCACUCAAGGGCUGGUUGUGUUAGACGACAUAAAGUACCAUGUUGAUGACCGGGGUCAACUUAUGCACAACUGGUCUGACAUGUAUCUUGCCGUGGUUGAUCCUGCAACAAUGGGAAUCAUACCUGUCCCGCAGGUACUGAAGCUUGUUGAUUCCAACUACGACACUCUGAGGGACUACUACUCUGGGUUUGAUAUACAAAACGUCAUUUCUGCUAAAUCGUCGGAGAUUAUGGACGAAAAAAUUGACACUGCUCUUGCUGCAUUAGUUGCUCUCCUUGUAGUCUUAGUUGUUGGUUUCAUCAGCUUUUUCGUUGUUUGCUGUUGCCUUCGACACUGGGUCUUGCCGAUUCCAGGUCAGAACCUUACUCAUGGGCGCAAAGAGACUUUGAUCCAAAAGGGAACGGCUGACGAGCCAAAUUGCACAACGGAAAAUCCACUUUGGAUGGAGCAGACUUUAAAAUUGUACGAAGAGCAAGAGCUGACAAUGCAGGUGUUUUGCGAAAAUGAGAACAGGCUAGACAGUUCUGAUAACCAGGUUGAAACGCAGAGCAAUAUGUACGCAACUCUGCAACCCCCUCCCAGAGCAGCUCCUCGAAUACUUUUGGGUCACAAUCCGGGCGAAACAAGCGACUACCCUGCGUAUGCGGAAGUGCAAAGUGUACGAGACUUGAUGUCCGGAUUUCAUGGUUCAACAUUCCAACCUCCACUACAUCACGGCACAAUGGAUUAUUAACUGCAGCUUCAUAGUAGGAAUUUAUUUCUUAAAAGCUAUUUUCUAUUAUUAUAUUGAAAAGAAUUCUGGCAAUAAAGAAGGGUAUUUUGAUUAGUUUUAAUUUCCAUUAAUUUAAAGUCUCGUGAGGCCCAUCGAGCAAAAUCUGAAUACUUAAAUUAGAUCAUUAAC